AUGGCCUCGUCUCCGGCGCACUCCUCUGCUAGCUCUGGCGACACCUCCGAUGCAUCUCAGCCCGCAUCCAUUGCCGUGGUGCAGAUGGUGAACAUCCGUUCACACGUUCCCAUCCUUCUCGAUCUCCUGGACUCCAACUACAGCCAGUGGAGGCGCUGCUUCGACUCCGUCCUCGGCAAGUUUGGCCUCGACGACAUCGUCAAGACUCUGACACCCAUGGCGCAGCGCGACGCCGAAUGGCGCCAGAUCAACUGCUGCAUCGUCAACUGGCUGUAUACCACUGUCAACAAGAACGUCUUCGACAUCAUCUACAAGCCUCGCGCCUCCGUGUUCACCCUUUGGUCGGACAUCGAGGGCCACUUUAGCGACCAUGAACUCCAGUGCACUGUCUACCUGGAGGUUGAGUUCCGCAGCCUCAACCAGGGCGACCUCAGCAUCUCGGACUACUUCUCCCCCCUCAAGCUCCUCGCCGAUGGCCUGUGCGACACGUUGCCGGGAAUAUGA